AUGGUGAUGAAGAGUGAAGACUGUGAUUCAGCCCGGAAUUCGGUGACAACUCCGGUGAACUUUCCGGCAGUGGACAAAGAAAACUUGAGAGAAAGAUAUCUCACCGGGAUUACGGGCGACGCCGGAGUGAAGGAAAUGAGGGUGACGGCGGUGAGUGCAGCCGCCGAAUGUAGUGGCGGCAGGGACGACAACAACGCCGGUGGCGUGAAACCGGUAACAUCAUUCAAAUGCGGAGGUUUCGCAUUAGGCAUGUCGACAAAUAACAUCUUAUUAGACGGCGUCGGCGCCAAAUUUUUCUUACAAAACCUCGCCUCUCAAGCUUUUAACGACGGCAGACCCUUACCCUUCCCCUUCCCCUUCCCCUUCCCCCCUUGCAACAACCGCCGCCUCCUCGCCGCUCGAUCUCCACCCAACGCCACAUUCCCGCAUCCCGAAUUCAUCGACCUCCACCUCCCCAUCGGUGAAGGCUCCCGCCCCCCGAGUUUCGACUGCCCCCGCGACGAGGAGCUCCGCUACCGAAUCUUCAAAAUGAACGCCGACGACAUCGCCAAACUCAAGAAAAAGGCGAAAGACACCACUAUCAGCAGUUUGGCGGUGGCUGCCGCCGUUAUAUGGCGGUGCAAAGCCUUAUCUGCAGACACGAAACCAGAGAAAAGCGACACGUCCACCUUGCUCACCGAGAUCGAUGUGAGGAAUAGGGUAAAGCCCCCGUUACCGCAGUAUGACUGCGGUAACACGAUUUUGCCAAUUAGGGUUUCCGCCACGUUCGAGGAGGUUGAGAGUGGGCCCUUCUCGAAGGUGGCGGAAAACGUCUCCCUAGGAGUGAAGGGGAUAACGGAUGAGUAUGUGAGGUCGGCGUUCGACUGGCUAGAGGUGCACUGGUGGCUCCCCCACGGGGACUAUAUGGUCAGCUCGUGGCUAGGGUUAGGGUUUGAGCGGGUCGAGUACCCGUGGGGGAAGCCGCUUUACAGCUGCCCUGUCGUCAGCCAUCGGAAGGAUAUUUUUUGGGUUUUUCGCGACGGCGUUGAUGGUGGAAUCGCCGCCAUGGUAGCUUUACCGGCGGAGGAGAUGGUGCGAUUUGAGGGAUUGUUUCAUGGCUUCUUUGCAUGA